AUGGUUGCACCGCAACGUUCUAAAAAUAUACCAAUAUCAGGACCAAUUUUACAAGAAAAAACACGAGAAAUAGUUGAAUUAUUAGGUGAUAAAUUGGGUUCAUUUAAAGCAUCAAAUGGAUGGUUAGAAAAAUUUAGGACAAGACACAACAUUUCACAUCGCAUUAUUAGUGGUGAAAGUUCAUCUGUUGAUGUGAUAACUGUUGAUGAUUGGAUUCAACGAAUACCAAAAAUUAUUGAUGGCCAUGAUUUAAAAGAUAUAUUUAACUGUGAUGAAACAGGAUUAUUUUUUAAAGCUAUGCCUGAUAAAUCAUUAACAUUAAAUAAAGAAGAAUGUAAAGGUGGUAAAAAAUUAAAAGAACGUUAUACUAUUUUAUUAUAUGUUAAUUCAACUGGUGAAGAGAAAUUAAAACCACUUGUAAUUGGUAAAAGUUUAAAACCACGAUGUUUUAACAAUUUAAAUCGAGUGGUUAUCGAGUUUAAAUUACAAUAUUUUCCGCCAAAUACUACAUCUAAACUUCAACCAUUAGAUCAAGGUGUUAUACACACAUUUAAAACACAUUAUCGUAAAUAUUUAGUUAAAUAUAUAAUAGAACGUUGUACAACAGUUCAAACGCCAAACGAUGAAAUUACACCUUUAGAUGCUAUUUAUUGGAUAGAUGCAGCAAGGAAAGCUGUUACAGAUACAACAAUACGAAAUACAUUUCGUGCAGCUGGUUUUACAGAUAAACAACAUAAUGAUACAACAGCAGCAACAUCACCAACAGAUAGUACAGAACCAAUAGAUGAUGAACAAUAUAAUAAUUUAAAAAUAUUAAAUGAUUUAUUACAACAUAUCACCAUUGGUGGUCAAAUAAUGACUGCAGCUGAUUUUGUUGAUAUAGAUAAUGAUACACCUGUAUCUAAUGAAAGGUUUGAUAACUUAAUAAUAUAUCAACAGAAACCACCAAAAAUAACGGAAGCAAUGGAAAUGAUACGAAAACUUCAUUUACUAGCAACAACACAACAACCACAAUUACAUCAAUUAAUCAAUGAAUUAGAAUCAAAAUUAACUGAAGUUUAUGUUAAUUCAAAAACAAGAAGACAAACAACAAUAGAAGAUUUUUUUGUACAAAACUAA